AUGGAGCAUCUGUGCGGAAUGAACUCACAACUAAUGAUUUACAUAUCUAGUCACGCCAGCCAUGACACCGUGAAAGAUGGCAUAUCUCUGAUUUUUGUGAAGUUACUCGCCUGCCGUUGUAUCAUUUCUCUAUCAUCAUCCGCAUCUUGGCUUUAUGGUGCAACACCCAUAUCAUGCUUCCUUUUUUUUUUUUUCGUUUUUCCUUUUCAAUGUCUAUCGUUCUCUACGUCUUUCCAUUUUCUAUCGGUCCCUACUCUAACAUUCCCACUCUUUCUGUCGCUCUAUCAAUAUCUACUCUUCUCCUCCAUUCUGUUUCUCUCUAUCAAUAUCUAUAACUUUCAAACUGUCUGCUUCUCACUAUUGCUCUCACUCUUUUUUGUGUUUUUCUCUCUCAGUAUCUACUGCUUAUCACUCCAUUCCGUUUCUGUUAUUAUUUCUCCCACUCUUAACGUUUCUAUCAAUAUCUGUCCGAAAUUGUUGCUACCCUUUCUGUCUCCCUCCCUCUGUCAAUACCUAUUACUACUACCCUUUCUGUUUCUCUCUAUCAAUGUCUGUUGCUUUCACUCUUUCAACUUGUCUCUUUCAAAAUCUAUUGCUGCCGUCCUUUCCCUUUCUCGUUAUAAAUAUCUAGCGUUCCCAUCAUUUUCGUAUCUGUAA